ACUUUUACGAAUAUUACAUAUAUAUUUAGUCAGACUUCACAACUCAAAGCCCAACAUAGUCGAUUGAUUUAUCUACUGUUGUGGAUUGAUACCAUUAGAGAUUCUCUAAUCGAGAUUAUUAUGAACAUAAAAGAGGAAAAAAAGUAUUAAAUUUCUUGUCAAAUUCAUUAUUUUAAAAGUAGUGAGUUAUUAUUUUUUUAUAAAAAGGAUGAUUACAUUAAUAUCAGAUUUAUUUUGAACAACAGAAUAAUAAAAAGAAGAAUAAUCCAUUAUGACUAAAUAUUGUCCAGAAAGACUUUAGCACUCAAACAUUAUUGAAUCUUCUUUGAAACGAAUCAAUCGUUGUGCGGUGAGCACUAAAAUAAGAAGGUUGUGAAACAAAACUUCAAAUUGGAUUUCUGAAGAUAUUGACAUGUCACGAGAGUCAUCAUCAAUUGACCAUAUCAGCAAAAUCUAUGCAGCAAUGUCAGUUACUGGAAUUAAACAUUAAAUUGUACAUUGAAGUCUUAUACCAGAAAAACAAAUUUGGAAGCAACAGAUUCAAGUGUAACAAAAAAAAUCUUUUGAAAUGAUAGGAACGCAUUUCCGAGCGACGCACUAUAUGAUCUUUUCGGUCAGUGCUUUCGCGCUUUUCAUUAUACUAUCGUACUAUGCAAGCAACAACUCAUUGCAAACUCAAAUACAGAGUAAAGGAAUGAAAGUUCACCAUACGCCUUGGGUUGAUUUUAAAAGAAUGCAAAUGGACCAAGGGAGUGCCAAUUUAGAAGUAAACUCUUCACAACCUCGAUCCGAAGUUGAUAACAUAGGCAAUAUUAUAUUUAAAGGAAUUGUGAGCCCUUCGGGUAUUGUAAAUGGAACUUAUUUCCAAUUUUUAUUUAACCAAAGUCAAGCAGAAAUGAGUAUUCCUAUUAAUCCUUUAGGGACUCAAAAAGAAAACUCUACGACAACAACAACCACUACAACUACGACUACGACAACGACCACACCAAAACCACUUUCACAAGAAUCGUCAAAUAGAUAUAAAGGAAAAAAUAUUCUCGAUACAACAAAAGGAAUUAUUACAAGAGAGAUCUAUGAAUCAGGACAUUUAGAAUCACCAGAAAUUUGCCCAGACGAGGGUGAAACGAUUAAACUUCUCAUAAUUAUAACUUCAGCGCCAGUUCAUCGAGAAGCACGACUUGCAAUUCGGCAGACUUGGGGUCAUUUCGGAUCCCGCAGAGAUAUUGCUGUGGCAUUUUUAGUAGGAUCUGCAGGACAAUCAUUAGAUGAUUCCAUUGUUGCAGAAAAUUACAUGUAUUCAGAUAUCAUAAGAGGACGAUUUGUUGAUAGUUAUAAUAAUCUGACAUUAAAAUCAAUUUCAAUGCUUGAAUGGGUCGACAAAAAUUGUCCAAAAGCAUCGUUUAUACUCAAAACAGAUGAUGAUAUGUUUAUUAAUGUUCCCAAGUUACUUCAGUUUACUGAAAAAAAACACACAGAUAAAAGAACAAUUUAUGGUCGUCUUGCAAAAAAAUGGAAACCGAUUAGAAAUAAAAAGUCGAAGUAUUAUGUCAGUUUAGAGCAGUAUAAGCCUGCAAUAUUUCCGCAGUUUACAACAGGUCCGGCAUAUUUAAUUACCAGCGAUUCCAUUAGAGAUUUGUACAAUAAAGCGCUUAAUUUAACGUACUUGAAGUUAGAAGAUGUUUACACGACGGGAAUUGUCGCACAAGAAGUGAAUGUGAAAAGGGUGCUCGUAAAUGAGUUUCUAAACCGUAGAAUUGCAUUUAAUGCAUGUAAUAUUAAGAAAUCAAUCAGUUUACAUAUGAUAAAGCCUCCUGAACAAUUCGAUUUAUGGAAAAAGCUUCUCGACACUACAACAAAAUGCAAAUAAUUGCUUAGAUACCUAGUUCUCUAAAAAAUCUAAACUAAUUUAAUAAAAAAUGAAGCUUACUUUAUUCAGAAACAUGCAACGAAUCGUUGAAAAGUGAUUUAAAGUUUUGUAUGAAAUAAGUAUUCAUAUGCCCUAAAGUGGGGAUUCAAACGAAGUGAUAAUUUGAAUCUCCUAGAGAAGUUCAAAGAGUAACAAAUCACUCUUGUUACUCUUAAAGAAAAGAAAUGUAAAAGAUUAUUGUAUGAGUAGAUACAAUAACACUUAUUUUAAGCAUAUUUACAUAUGAGAACAAAAAUCAAUUGUGUUCCAAAGUAUUUUGACACUCACUAUUGAAAGUCUAAAGAUUUAAAGAAAUAUUAGGAUAUUCGAAGACAAAAAAGUUCAAUACAGUGCAACUUCGAUAAACAGAUGGCUCAAAGGGGCAUCGUUUAUCGAGGCAAUCUUUUAAAGGAUUUCGAGUCAAGGUGACAAAAAAAUAUUUGUUUAUCAAGGUUUAUUACUUUAUCAAGGCAUCUGAUUAUCAAAGUUCCGCUGUAUUUUAUACCAAAAUAUCUUUGAGCACAAUCGGCUUAUAUUCUCAUAUCUAUGAGCUGUACCUAUUUUAGUGAAACUAAUUGAAAUUUUUAACACGAUAGUCAAAUUUGGAAAAAAUCUUUUGAUUUAAAAUUAAACUCUUUUCUCCCACAAAAUUAUAAUCUGAAAUAAUAACGAACAAUAUCUAAAUAUUUAACUAUCGUAAAAUAAGUUAUUCAAAAAUAUUAUGUGACAAAAUUUCACUUCAAUACCGUUCUUAUAAAACAUUGAAAUUUAAAAAGUUUCACAUGACAAAAAAUUUUUUAUUUACAUUU